AUGAAACUCCUUCUACUCCUGGCUCUUCUCUUUGGGGCAGUUUCUGCUCUUCAUCUGAGGACUGAAACUUCCAAAUUUGAGAGCCUCUUGGGAGAUAAGACCUUGCCUCAGGAUGGGGAGAUGCCUGAACAGGAAGCAGAUAAGUCUCCUACCAGAGAGCUGGCACUGCAGGAGGAAGAGGAGGAAAGGGGUUCCGGAAGUGAAGAUUUCCCUCAGGAAGAAGAGCCCGUGGAGUUGGUCUCAGCCCUGGCUGAGGUGGACAAUGACUUUCAGUGCCCUAAGGAAGAGGACACAGUAAAACUGGUGGGCAGCCCUGGAUGCAAGGCCUGCCGCUUCCUCCUGGUGAGGUCCCCCAGGAAUUUCAAUCAUGCUCAGAUUAUUUGCCAGAGGUGCUACCGGGGCAACCUUGUCUCCAUCCACAGUUACAGCUUUAACUACCAAAUCCACUGCUACAUCAGAAGGCUCAACCAAGGCCAAGUCUGGAUUGGAGGCAGAGUCACCGGCUUGGGUUACUGCAGGAGGUUUUACUGGAUGGAUGGCAGUUCCUGGAAUUUUGCAUACUGGGCUCCUGGCCAGCCUUGGGCCGGUAGGGGCAGUUGUGUGGCCCUGAGUACCCAAGGUGGUCGCUGGUGCCAAACAUACUGCGGCACUCACCUUCCUUUCAUCUGUUCCUACUGA